UGACCACGGAGCAUGACAUGAUGUGCGUUAUUCAUCGUGGUAAUGAUAAAUUGUCAAAGUUUUGUUAUAUUUUAGGUUACACAUGUCUAAAAUACUUUCCAAAUAAUCAUCAAAACUAAAAAUAAUGUCCGUUUUUUUAAAAAAUUACCAGCCCCAUUGAAUUUGCGUGGCCGAAUAAGAAUAUCCUCUCUGUUUUAUGUUGGUACCUGCAUUUAUUUCAUGAUUUCAAUAAUGAUUUCGAAAAAGAAUUUAACUGAUUUGAACCCAUAGUAAAUUUUAAAAUAUCUUUCGUUGGUUAUGGGUAACAAUGAUGAACAAACUAAUACAUCGCUGAAAGACAAAAAAGGUAAAGGGCAUUAUCCUUCAAUGACGGUAUUCUUCACUGGUUCUUGUUCUGCGGUUCUGUGUUCUAUUUUAUUGCAGCCUUUAGAUGUUUUGAAAACGCGAUUGCAAAAUCCUGAUACCCCGCUAAAAGGUCGAAGUAGAAAAUUUCGCAUUAUAAAUAUUGUCCAGCAUAUCUAUAGGCACGAAAACAUAAGAGCCUUUUGGUACGGAACAUCUGCUACAAUUUUGCGAGGUAUUCCAGCUGGAGGUUUGUACUUCUGCACUUACGAUUGGUUAAUAACAAACCUUGUUCCUGAUCUACAUCCUACUACGAUGCAACAUACUGUCUUAGGAAUGUCGGCACGAGCAGUAACCGACAUAACACUAAUACCUUUAUCAGUAGUUAAAACUAGGAUAGAAAGUGGAGUUUUCCAUUACGACAACGUCAUAACAGGACUUUCGCAUAUUUAUCGAAAGGAAGGAGUGACAGGACUGACGUCUGGAUUGAUUGCGGUUUUGGCGCGAGAUAUUCCCACGUCAGGAGCAUACAUGUUUUUCUUCAAUGAAAUCCGACUGUUAACGCCCGACAGUAUUCGCAAGGCAAAUGAACACGUUGUGAAUUCUGCUAGUGCUGGUAUGGCUGCAACUUUCGCAUCGCUCAUUACACAUCCGCCCGACGUUAUGAAAACUCAAAUGCAACUUUUCCCAAAAAAAAAUCGAACUCUAUUUGCAGUUGUUAGGAAUACGUACAAGGAACACGGCUUUCUGGGAUUCUAUCAGGGAAUACUUCCGAGAAUUAUGAAACGUACUAUAUUCGCAGCAAUAGCUUGGACUCUUUAUGAAAAUGUAAAAACCAUUAAGCAUAAAAUUAAAAAAUAAUGUCCC